AUGAAUUAUACUACAGAAUAUAACCGAGGAUACAUAGGAGUAGUCCACCCACAGCUAAACUCAGUAUUAAUUACUUAGGAGCCAGGAGAAUUCAGAUUUGGCCGAAAAAGGUUCGAUGUUGAUAAAAACGCCCAAAGCUCUCAUAUUGUGUACAAUGUCAGGAAGCCAGUUAUAACGUCUGAGGAGCCUAGAAACAGGGAACAGUAUAUAGAAGACCUGCCUUCUAAUCCCCAGAAAGACUACGAGCAGCCUACACAGUCUAGCUAUCAGCCACGAUCUAGCUCUAUUCCUAAAAAUUACAGUCAACUAUAUGAUGAAAAACUUCCUAAUUAUAAACCAAAAGCAGGGACUGUCAGGAAUAAUGACUAUCAAUACGAAGACCAGUCACCUGGCUAUACAAAACAGCAAGGCUUCGAUAGAUCUUUUCAAGAAGAAGCCACACAAUAUAUCGACCCUGCUAUAGAAAAACCUCACCAAGAGCCAGCUCCUUUAAGUUUAGCUGAAAAAUACACAAGAGAGCUAGAAAUUCUUAAAGAGCAGCUGCGGCAAAAAGACGAAAUCCUCCAGAGCUUCCAGCAGAGAAAAAGCCCAGCCCCAAAUAUAUCUCAAGAAGAAGCAUAUAAUAGACUGAAUAAAGGGAUUUAUGAUAAAGUACGAAUGGAAGAGCAGAGAAAAGAAACAACCAGCAACCUAGAUUUUCAGCUCAGCUUAAAAGAGCAACAAAAGCAAAUCCAGAUUUUAGAAAGGGAAAAAGAACAAGCUAGAAGGCUAGAAGAGCUGAAAAAGCUGAGAGAUGACGAAGCUUAUGAAAGGGAACAGAAAAUAAGAAGGGCAAAACAGUAUAGAGAAAACCUAGAAGUCCAAGAAUUGCUGAAAAAUCAGCUGAAAGGAAAUGGAUCUGUAAAUAAAUCAUAUGUUGAGGAAGUCUCACAAUUUGAGAUAAACCGAUCAGACCAGUCACUCUCAAAAAUAGAAAGCCCUUCAUUCCCGAGAUACGCUAAAAAGAACCCUAGGACUAUCACUUUUGACCCAAUAACAGGAGCUUUAAGAGAUACAAAGUCAAUGCCAAGCCCUUUCCGACCCAAACAGCACUCUGAGCCUCCAAAGUCACGACAAAUUCCUUCUGAAUUUAUCUCCCACCCAGCGUUUAACGAUGUAAAAUUCACCAAGGCUUCUCCAAAAUUCAUUCCCAGCUUCCCUGUGACUGGCACUCCUAAUGCCAUUCUAUACAAGCCUGAGUUUCAAGAAGACGCCAAUAAGUUCUUCGGAAUAGAAGAAAGAGGAAAAUCAAGGCAGGACAAGUCCCUCGCUGACUAUGGAAAUAUGGUCCUCGGGAGAUACCCAAGAUAA